AUGACUGCGAAGCUAACUUCACUAGAAGAAGAAGUGGAGGUAUGGAAAAGAGCUGCUAUUGCUCGUGAGAAGGAGGCCUAUGGUGAGCUAGAGCAGUUGCGUGCACGCUGCGAAAAUGCUGAAGCUGCGAGAAAAGCAGUAACCGAGAAAUACAAUGAACUUCUGCAAGAAUGUAACGAAACGCUGUCUGUACUGCCUCUUCACGACCUCACUCUGAAUACGCCUCGAAAAUUCGAAGACACCUGUAAAACUUCACAUCGAAAGAAUGAACGCCGCAGGACUACAUUCGGGCAACUGGCCGAUCAGUCCAGCCGAAAUCGUCGAGCAGUGGAACCGGUUCUGAACGAGUUCGAUGCACUAAAUAACAGGGAAGUUGUAGAGUAUGGGGAACCAUUUGAAGCAAAUGAAAUGUUGCGUUUGGAGAUGGAGAAUAAUAGAUUAUCACAGAUCAUCUGCGAAAAGGAAUUUGCGAUAAAGAACAUCUAUGAACUGCAAAAAGAGCAGGCUGAACAGUGGGUGAAGGAAAGACAGGAGCUUCUAAGGAUCGAUUCGUUGAUGAAGUCGCAGCUUGAAGAUCUCAAAUCGGAGAACAACACACUUCGCGAGAACUUAGAGCUAUUCAAAAAGAGGACAGAAAAGCUCGGAGCGAGCAUCUCUGCGUGCAAUGAUGAACGAUGUCGUCUGCAGCAAGAAAUUGACGAGCUGCACUCUGAGAAACUCGAUCUGGAGGAUCGACUCCAGGCUAUACAAAACGAGCAGGAACUGAUGUCAACGGUGAUAAAGGGUGAAUUGGUUGCUACCAGCCUAGAUACUGAUAUCCAGGUGGCACGGGAACAACAACCUCAGAGAAAAACCUGUUGCUGA